AGCACCCUAGACUGGGGAUCUGGGAUUUGGUGAAUUCAGUACGGGUCACGCUCUAUCGGAGUUUUCCUCCAUAACAUAUGCCGAUGGGUAAAAGGUCAAAAGAAAGGAAUCUGUCACCAGCCAACGAAGGCUUGGAUUCGGACAGCAGAAUUUGGGGAUGGGUCGUGUUCAGGGGCACCGGUGCUUCAUUUCUCUGCAUCAGUCUUUUUGCUCUCUUAGUAAGACUUUCUGUUUCGCUCCACUCAUACUCGGGUGCCGGAACGCCACCGAUGUAUGGAGACUACGAAGCCCAACGGCAUUGGAUGGAGAUCACGAUCAAUCUACCAGUAAAAGAAUGGUAUCGCAACGGCACAUUGAAUGAUCUCAAGUACUGGGGUCUCGAUUACCCUCCUCUCACUGCCUAUCAGAGCUACAUUCAUGGUCUUUUCCUCAAAUUCUUCGAUCCACAGUCAGUUGCUCUCUACACUUCUAGGGGCUACGAAUCUUAUAUAGGGAAACUUUUGAUGAGAUGGACUGUUUUAUCAUCUGAUGUUCUAAUAUUCUUUCCUGCAGUUCUUUACUUUAUGAAGGUGUAUUAUUCAGGAAAACCAGGUCAACAGAAAACCCAUCUAGCAUGGCACAUUGCAAUGAUUUUGUUGAAUCCAUGUCUAAUUUUGAUUGAUCAUGGUCACUUUCAGUACAAUUGCAUUAGUCUGGGCCUUGCUGUGGCUGCUGUUUGUGCAAUAUUAUGUGAUAGGGAUCUUGUUGGUUCGAUGUUGUUCACUCUCGCUCUCAACCAUAAACAGAUGAGUGCGUAUUUUGCACCUGCAUUUUUCAGCUACCUCUUGGGUAAAUGUCUAAUGCACAGAAGUCCACUUCUUGAAAUCUCAAAGCUUGGGUUAGUGGUAUUAGGGACCAUGGCUGUUAUAUGGUGGCCAUAUCUCUAUUCAAAAGAAGCAUCAUUGGAGGUUUUCGCACGCCUAGCCCCGUUUGAGAGAGGUAUAUAUGAAGAUUAUGUGGCUAAUUUUUGGUGCACAUCUUCUGUUCUUGUGAAGUGGAAGAGAUUGUUCAGUUCCCAAUCUUUGAGGCUUCUUAGCCUUGCUGCAACCGUUUCUUCUUGUAUCCCUUCAAUGAUGAUGCUUAUUUUGGCACCAAGCAAACCAAAUUUCUUGUAUGGGCUGCUCAGUAGUGCUUUAUCAUUUUACAUGUUCUCAUUUCAAGUGCACGAGAAAUCUAUUCUGUUGCCUCUUCUUCCUGCAAGCAUCUUAGCCUUGGAAGAGCCUUUUAUUUUCCGAUGGCUGACAACAUUUGCGAUGCUCUCUAUCUUCCCUCUUCUGAGACGCGACAAGUUGGUUUUGCCAUAUGCUGCUCUCUAUUCUCUCUUCAUCAUCCUUUACUAUGCCCCUGGUGUGAAACUGCGUAAAAUUAAAUUAAAUAUUUUCUUUACUACUUUAAGGUCACUCCUCCUUGCCUCCUCUCUUAUUCUUCAUGCUGUCUACUUAAUGGUAACUCCUCCAAAGUGCUACCCCUUCUUAUUUGAAGCUAUAAUUAUGCUUCUUUGUUUUUCUCAGUUCAUAUUUAUUUUUGUCUACUCCAAUACUAGACAGUAUAUGUUGUUCAAGCUUACCAGCCAGUCAUACAAUGAGAAGAAAGAUCUUUGAUCUUGUUAGGGAUUAUUUAUAAUUUUUCUGUUUCUACGUUGAGAAUAGUAAAUUGUAUCAGGGCAUUGCUCAAUGAGAUGUAUAAUUCGAACAUGUAAUAUAUCUUCAAAUUGAUAUGUAUGAAUGAAAACAAUGA